CCGGGGUCCUGGCGGCUCAGUUCCGCGUUGUUAGAUCCGCAGGUUCUCACACGUAACGGCCGGCUAGGCUCCCAGGGGCCCCAUGUCCUCCGCGGACUCGGACGAGGCCUAUGACUUCCUGUUUAAGCUGGUGCUGAUCGGAGAUGCCGGGGUCGGGAAGACCUGCCUUGUGCAGAGAUUCAAAACCGGGGUGUUUGCGGAGAGGCAGGGAAGCACCAUCGGGGUGGACUUCACCAUGAAGACGGUGGAGAUCCAGGGCAAGAGGGUGAAGCUGCAGAUCUGGGACACGGCCGGACAGGAGCGAUUUCGCACCAUUACCCAGAGUUACUACAGGAGCGCCAACGGGGCCAUAAUCGCCUAUGACAUCACCAAGAAGAAGACGUUCGCGUCCAUCCCUCGCUGGAUAGAGGAUGUGAAGAAAUACGCGGGAUCCAACAUCGUGCAGCUGCUCAUCGGAAAUAAGUCUGACAUGCAUGGCCAGCGAGAGGUGCGACUGGAGGAAGCAGAAACUUUAGCUCACCAUUAUGACAUCAUCAGCGCCAUCGAGACAUCGGCGAAGGACUCCAGCAACGUAGAAGAGGCUUUCACCAAGAUGGCCACGGAGCUGAUGAUGAGACACGGCGGACCGGUCUUUAAUGAAAAGGCUACCGACGGCAUUAAACUGGACAGCAAAGACGUGGCGGAGGCGUGGAGCUGCGGCUGCUGAUGAAAGGCGGCCCCUUUACGUCCCGCGUAGCGAUUGCCGUAAUUUGCCGCUGAUUAGCCGGGCUGCGGGAGCCGCCGACUCGGCCGCCGCUUUCUAGCUAGAAUUUGAGGACCAGGAAAGGGACCAAUGGAGAGAAUGCAGCGGAACCGGUUGGUGGAGGAUGUAAGUCCUCCCCGCAGACAGGCGCUCAGUAAUUCUACUAAUCUCACCACAUGCCUUGUACUCCUGGACGCCGUGUAAGCGCGGGAUCCAGGAUGACCCUUGACCCCAAGGGAGUUUACAGUUUGUAAUGUUUGUCGCCUCCUGAUCACUUUAACGCUCUAUUAGAAAUUGCUUUUUAUAAAGUCCUUCCUCGAAGCGAAUUCGUUGGACCUUCAGCUGACCUUGGUUUUGGGAGAAAGAUCUAUUUUAAUAUUUCUCCUGAUCUCCGGGGUCAGCUCGUCCGAAGCAUUUCAGGACGCUGGGAUAAAGUGCAAUGUCUCACCAAUGAAAGGAAAAUAGGAAUUUUUAACAAUUAACAGAUUGCGUCUUUUACGUGUUUUAUUAGGAUGUUUGGUUUUCAUAGAGAUCUCUAUAUUUAUCACCAGCAAAUGAUUUAAAAUAAAGAAUUCUUCCACAAA